AUGAAGACAUAUAAAUUUUUAUCUCUAUUCGCAAUUUUUUUCUUCAGUGAUAAUGGUACUUUAGCUUUAUUAAGGUCUAAGCAUAACAAGGUUGUAACUUGUUAUGUUGCUUCCUGGGCCAUUUACAGAAAUCAUAAUGGAAUGUUUGAAAUUUCUGAUAUCAAUCCAGAACUUUGUACGCAUGUUAUAUAUGCAUUCGCCGGAUUAAAUAAUGAAUCGUGGACUAUUAAAAGUCUUGAUCCUCAUUUGGAUAUCGAAAGAGAUAAUUAUAAAAAUAUGAUUCAACUUCAUAAAAAAAAUCCUAACUUGAAAAUCCUUCUUGCAAUCGGAGGAUGGAACGAAGGUAGUCAAAGCUAUUCUGUACUCGCUUCAUCUCCCGAUCAUAGAAGUAAAUUUAUUGACAGCGUAGUGAAAUUUCUUGGUGAAUAUCGUUUCAAUGGAUUCGAUCUUGAUUGGGAAUAUCCAGGAUCACGGGGGGGUAUGCCUGCGGAUAAACAAAAUUUUGUUUCUCUUCUCAAAGAAUUAAAAGAAGCAUUCAAAAAAUCGAAUUAUCUAUUAACAGCAGCUUUAAGUUCUAAUAAAGCAACUAUCGAUAUGGCGUAUGAUAUUCCCGAAAUUUCAAAAUAUCUUGAUUAUAUUCAUGUAAUGGCUUAUGAUUAUCAUGGUACAUGGAAUAGAAAAGUACUUCCAAAUGCACCAUUAAAAAGCGAAGACGGUCAAAGUGUGGUGGAUACACUUAUGUAUUUGUUAAGUAAAGGUGCACCAUCAAAUAAAAUAGUAUUAGGAUUGCCAAUGUAUGGAAGAACUUUUAUUUUGGCUAACAAAAUGAAUUCUUCUAAAGAAAGUCCUAUUGGUCAAACAAGUAUAUUAGAUGGAUUCAAGGGACCUUAUACUGGUGAAAAUGGUUUCAUGGGAUAUAAUGAAAUUUGUGAAGAACUAAUAACUAAUGUACAGAAGUGGAUAACUGGGUGGGAUGAUAAUAGUAACACACCUUACGUAAUCAAUGAUGACCACGUUAUUAUGUUUGAUAAUCCGAAAAGUUUAAAAGCAAAGGUUGAAUACGCGAUGAGUUUAAAUUUGUCCGGUGUAAUGAUUUGGAGCAUCGAUACUGAUGAUUUUAGUGGAAAAUGUGCAUCUCUCAAUAACUCUCUAGAUCUAAGAGAAAAAAAAUAUCCUUUAUUAAGAUCAAUUAACAUGGUUUUAUCUCAAAUUGAUUAUCAUGACUUAAAUGAUGAUAAUGAUACUGAUAAUGAUAAAAAUAAUAAAAACAACAAUAACACAUCUUCUAUAAUGAAAUUUUCAAAUAAUUUGAUUUUAAUAAUAUUAUUUUUUUUGUAUUUCCUUUAAAAUGAAUUCAUAAUGAAUAAAAAGAUAAUAUCAAAAAUUUCGUAAAAAUUAAAUAUA